AACAGUUCAGAUAGGAAAUCGUCUACUAUAUUACGGGACAAUGUUGACAGUUGACCCUGUGACGAUCCUUCUGUCCAUUGUUGUGAUCCUCUUCUUGGCCUAUGUAUACGGCAGCAGAAAGGAAGACAAGUACAAGAACUUCCCCCCCGGACCCAAACCAUUGCCAAUUAUCGGAAAUGUGUUCAGUAUUGACAUGCAAAAACCUCAUAAGACGUUUAUAGAGCUGUCCAAGACUUAUGGUCCAGUAAUAGGUGUCCAAAUAGGGAUGGAGAAGAUGGUUGUCCUCUGCGGAUAUGACACUGUGAAAGAUGCUCUAAUCAACCACGCCGAGGAAUUUUCAGACAGGCCAAGGCAGCCAAUUUUUAAUAAAACCAUACGGGAAAAUGGAGUUGUCUUUUCCAAUGGAGAGAACUGGAAGGUGAUGAGAAGAUUUGCACUUUCCACACUUCGGGAUUAUGGGAUGGGGAAAAGAUCGAUAGAAGACAAGAUCAGUGAGGAAGCUGAAUGCUUGGUACGGGUUUUCCAAUCACAUGGAGGGAAGCCCUUUAACGAUCACACCAUCCUUAAUGCGGCCGUGGCCAACAUAAUUGUAUCCAUACUACUGAGUCGUAGAUUUGAGUACGAUGAUCCAACUAUACAGAAGCUUAUGAAUAUAAUCAAUGAGAAUGUAAGACUCCUGGGAUCGCCUAUAGUCAGGCUCUACAACAGCUUUCCAUUUCUGGUCGGCUUGCUGCCAGGAGGCCACAAGAAAAUCAAUGAAAAUAUUUUACAUUUUCUGAGCUUUAUAAGAGCCACAUUUACUAAGCAGAGAAAAGAACUGGAUGUGAAUGACCAAAGAAACCUUAUUGAUACAUUCCUGGCCAAGCAACAAGAGGGGAAGCCAGAAUCUACUCUAUAUUACCACGAUGAAAAUUUAACAGCCCUGGUGGGCAAUUUGUUUGCUGCUGGUAUGGAGACGACAUCCACCACUCUGAGAUGGGCCCUCCUGCUAAUGAUUGAAUAUCCCGAUAUACAAAAGAAAGUACAAGAUGAAAUAGACAAAGUUAUUGGCACAGCUCAGUCUACAUUAGAGCACCGGAAGCAAAUGCCGUACACCAACGCCGUCAUUCAUGAGAUUCAACGGUAUGGCGAUAUUGUACCGGGAAGUCUUCCACAUGAAACGUCACAAGAUGUCACCUUCAGGGGAUUUUUUAUUCCAAAGGGAACCACAGUCAUCCCAGUGCUCUCCUCUUCUCUGAGAGAUGAACGUUACUUUGAAAAACCUUACGAGUUUUACCCGGAACAUUUUCUUGAUUCCAAAGGCAAUUUUAAGAAGAAUGAUGCAUUUAUCCCAUUCUCCAUCGGAAAAAGAAGCUGUGCUGGGGAAAUAUUGGCCAAGAUGGAGCUGUUCAUCUUCUUUACAACACUGCUGCAAAACUUCACCUUCCAGGCCCCUCCAGGAGUUGUGCCGGACCUCACCCCUGCACUGGGGGCUACAAACGCCCCAUUGCCUCAUGAAAUCUGCGCAAUUUCCCGCACCUAGGUUAAGUCUACUCUGAAAUAAUUAGUCAUUUAUUAAUAGUGUACAUUUU